UUUUUAAAAAGCCGAAUCUGUCAUCGGAACGCUACAACGUCGCAUUCUUCCAAUAAGAAAGAAAAGCGAAAGUUUUUUUUUCAGCCACUUUUUUCUUUAUGUGAAAAAAGCGACCAUGUCAUUGUAAGUAUACAAGCAGUGCUGAGCUUCGCAAGUGCCGUGUGUGUGACUUCGUGGUUUAUUUACCAACCACCCAGCGUCCUGAACUAGUCAAACUCAGCGUAGAAUCGUUACCGUGGCGCGCUCCAGCCUGCCGGUGAUGGAUGUGGAGCAGCACAAUUCCCGGACUAUAUCCCAUCCGUUGAGAAACGGCGAUGAUGGCGCGACCGAUGAAGACAAGCCAUUGGGACUGGUCCGAAGGAAAUGCAUCAUGUGCUUGCUACCCUUCGACGAGCUGGGAUCGAUCGAAACCGAAUCACCGGAAGAGCUGAAGCGGAUCGUGGAUAAUGUGUACAAAAUUGCCAAGAUUGAGAUAACCCCCUCGAAUGGCAAAAUCGGACCCCUCUGCGGUAGCUGCCGUGCCAAAUUGGGCUACAACUUCGACGAGGAUGCCUACUACGAAAUGCUGAGCAAAAUGUACAGCGAAUCGGGCACGCAAAGCCACCAGACACUAGGCGUCAUCCCGUUGGUAGUUCCUAGAGGUCAGCAGCCACCGGGUUCGGAAAACUCCGAUUAUCCCUCACCCGGAAGUCCCUUGCUGGAUGCUGCUUGUGGAACGUUCGUUGUUACCGAAAUGGGCCGGGACGAAUCGGAAACCUCCUCGGACCUGAAGUGUGUCAUCUGCUCCAAGGUGUUCAACUUCAAAUCAACGCUUCGGCUGCACAUCCGCAGCCAUCACAAUAGCACCACGAUUCGGGAACCGGAAACGCACAAAAUUCCACGGAAACCACGAAUGUAUGAGUGCAUCGAGUGCAAUCUAAGCUUCAAACUGAAGUACGACUACGACAAACAUCAAGCCAUGCACAAUCGAGCAAAUCUGUUCCAAUGUGACACUUGCUACAAACUAUUCAAACACAAAUCCUACUACAUGAUGCACCGGAAUGCAAAACGCUGCAAGGCGAUGCCACUGAACUUGAGUGCCGACGGAAUCGGAAGCAUUGUCCGAACUCAACCGGCUCGAGACCUCAGAAACCUCAGUGAGGGCAUUCGAAACACGAGCUAGAAAGAUUUAUCUAACUGUUUUUGAAAACGAACCAAGCUUCCUUCGUUUUUGCCAUAACUAUCAUACACACACAUUAUAUGUACGUGUUUUUAACAAUUAUUAGCGUUAGUAGUUACUAAUAGAUGUUCUUGAUGCCGAACGGUGCGAGUGGAGUGGAAUCGAUACCAAAUUUGUCAUGUUCCUCCGAUCUAGUCCGGAAUUGUCAAUCGACAAAGUUUUAUUUAUAUUAAGUCACAUUGUUUUCUGUUGAAAUAUAUGUUUUAUUUUAUGUACCCAAUCAAAAUUGUACAAUAAGGUUAUUUUAAUUUUAAUGCACCUCCACCCGACACGUUACGGCGUCAAACAAAUCGGAUUCUGGUCUCUUCGUUUUAGUCAAUAAUCUUGUAAACGAAUGUUUAAUCGAAUCAAUCACAGCUGCAAAACAAUAGAAACAGGCACUCGGUAGAUUUAUUCGGUGACAGAACACUUCUUAGUCCAUAAGUCAGAUUAUAUCAACAACGCUCUAUUUAUAAACAAUUCUCUUCGGAAUAACUAUAUAGAAGGCAAACUAAUUCAAACUAAUAGUAUUCGACUUCCUUUAUAAGAUGCAACCAAACACAACAUAAAUUGAAAACAAACGAAUGGACAUUCGAUUCCUAAAAAUAAUAAGAAACAAAACCAAUGUGCAACAUUUCUAUUGAUAGGGAAACCAAGUGUGUGAAAAGAAACAAAAAAAAACGAUGGAAAGAAAUGUGUUACUUGUGAUGAAACAAAUUGUGAAAACAAAACAGAAAACUACAUUUAAAGAAAUACGCUAGCAAUUAGGAUCCUACAUUUUAUCUUCAAUGAAAAUAAAAGUGAUUUUUACAAACCAAA